CCAAACACACUCGACCACCUCGAGUCACUCCUGCGACAGCAUCCGCACACCCAGGCAACCUCCCGUGCCGCGUAGAACUACGAAAACGGAGCGCAGCAUCACAGCACAGCACAUUCCACGCACACUCGACACGACGAUGUAUUCCAACCACAAGCACUCUUACGACACGGAGCACGGCUUCUACGGCCACGGCAAGGGCAAGGGCGGCGGCGGCUACGGCGGCGGUCAUGGCGGCUACGGCCGCGGAGGCGGUGGCUACGGCCGCGGCGGCUACGGCGGCGGCUACGGCGGCGGCUACGGCGGCGGCUACGGCGGCGGCUUCGACGACCACCACCCGAUGGACCGCCGCGGCGGCAAGGGCGGCAAGGGCGGCCGCGGCGGCCGCGGCAAGGGCUUCGGCAAGGGCUUCGGCGGCGGCAAGGGCUUCGGCGGUAAAGGCGGCAAGGGCGGCGGCAAGGGCGGCGGCGGCGGUCCCGGCGCCGCGGUCAUGAGCGCGGCGGAGAUCGCCGCGUUCGAGCGCGAUUGGGCCGGCGCGCGUCCCCUCGGCGAAGGCGAUGCCGCGCGCUGGGGCGGGCUCGGCGCGGCGCUCGUCGGGUCCGCGGCCCUCGCCGCCGGCGACAAGGUCCCCGUCCUCGGCGCCGGCGGCGAGACGCUCCGGAACCGCGUCGAGGUCCGCGUCGCCGGCUGCUCCGUGACCGGGCGCCUCCUCGUCAAGUGCAACGGCGUCCCCGACUACAAGCCCCGGAAACUCGAGGACGGCGCCGUCGUCGAGUCGUCCUGGCGGGGCGUCACGCGAGGCGGGCGCUACGACCGCAACCCGAACGCGAUCGUCGAGCAGGAGUACCGCCUGGACAUCCCGCUCGCGCCGCGGCGGCUCGACGCGCCCAUCGAAGCGACGCCGAUGGGGCCCAUCGGCAUCGCCGUGAACGGCGUCCCGCUCUACCAUGGGUCAAUGCAGUUCAGCAACCCCAUGCUGCCCCAGGGCAUGUUCGCCAACCAAGACGAGUCCUUCGACCAAUGCUGCGGGCACGCGGACGGCGCGGGCCGGUACCACUACCACCAGUACCCGCGCUGCGUCGUCGGCGCCUCAGCGUUGGGCCUCGACGCGCCCGACGCGUUGAUCGCGGCGCAAAAGGACGACGCGGACCUCACGGCCGCGCCGCUCGCGAAGGCGCUCCGCGACCAGAUCGCGCGCGGCGAGGCGUCGGGCGCCAUCGGCGUGAGCUUCGACGGCCACCCGAUCAUGGGGCCCGUCGGCGUCUUCGACGGCGUCGUCCGCCUCGCUCGCUCGAGCUACCGGGGGCCCCUCGACGUGUCCCAAGGGAACCCGCCGUACGUCGCCGGCAGCGGCGAUUUGGACGAGUGCAACGGCGCGACGGGCGCCGACGGCGUCUACCGCUACUACGCGACCGUGCGCCUCGAGGACGACGACGUCGUCCCCGCGUUCCCCUACAUGAUCGGCGCGUUCCGCUCCCAGCCCGUGGCCACGAACUUCCCGCCGCACCAGCGGUCCAAGGUCGCGCCCGCGGGCGAAGCCGCCGCCGCGCCGCCCUGCGCGUGCGCCGACAAGUGAAAACGAUCGCCGCCGCUGAGUGGAUCCGCCCGCGCGAACAAAGACCGCGCGCGCGAACGAAAAACGAUCACCGCCGUUGAGCGAAACCGCGAGCGGCGAACCGCCGCAUCGAGCGAACGACGAGCGAACAACCGCCCCACCCCUACCCCCCCUGAAACCCUAGUAUGUUCAUAAGAAAGCCUAGACUCGAGUACGUCAGCGCAUGCUGAGGAUCGCCGAGGGCGCC